CAUGCUAUUAAUUCUCGCGUUCAUACGUAGAUUUUGCUAGUUUGCGUUGGCCCUUUCAUAAGAAAAGAGCUCUAUUUGUUCGAGCGAUCAAAGAAAGUAUUCACGACGUUUUCCUUUGGUAACAGUAAAAACUCGUUGAAAAAUGUCAGUACUAGGCGGUUUGAGUGAACCAAAAAAGGCCACUCCAGAGAUUCAAGCAAUGACUGAUUCGGUAGAAGCUGCUGCUCGGCAGAUGGCGGGCCAGGACUUUGAUAUGUUCAAAGCAACACUAUACAGGGAUCAAGUUGUUGCAGGAAUGAAUUACUUUAUUAAGGUUCAUGUUGGUGGUCCAAAAUAUGUUCAUUUACGCGUGUUUCAAGCUUUACCUCAGGCUGAUCAGCCCCCUCGUCUUGAUGCUAUGCAACUGAACAAAACUGCCACUGAUCCAAUUACAUAUUUUGAAUGAUGGCUUCCUAUCUCAAAUCCUCAAGCUGAGAAUGAUCUUCAUCUUCAUUUAACUAACAACUUUUCAUUUUGCUAUUGCUAUAAAUUAUAUAACAUAAGUCAAACAUA